AUGGAUUUCACUUUAUCAAGUCAAGUUUGGUGUAAACUUCGAACGGUUAUACUUAACACAAUUAGUCUUAGUUCAUUUACUAUUAUUUGUCUUCAAUCUCUUGAUAUAUUUUUCUGUACAUCACGAUCUAUUGUUGUGCGCCAAAAAAGUAGUGUGAAAUGGGCUCGACUGUUACUCGUUGCUUGUGGAUUGGUGUGGAUUGUUCAUGAAAUCUUAACAAUGAUUUUCCAAGAUCUUGUUAAAAUAGGAAGUACAUAUUCGUGUAUAAACACAAAUACAAUCUAUGCAUCAUAUCGUAGUUACUUUGUGGUUUCUAUCUUGACUGUGACUAUUCCAAUACUAAUGAUUAGUAUCCUUGCUUUUCAUAUUUAUCGGCAUCUACACGUUCUAACACAAGGUGAACAGCGCUCAUUCUCCAGUCUGACAAAGCAAUUAACAAAAAUGGCUUUAUUUCAAAUUGGUAGCGUAUUAUUGUUUCAAGCUCCUUACGGCAUUUCAUCAAUCUAUUCACUUGCUACAACAUAUGUUGCCAAAACUACUUAUCGUCAGGCACAAGAAAAGUUGAUUUCAAAUUUUUUUGGUAUCUACGUUUAUGGCAUAUAUGCGAGUCCUUUCUACUGCUAUUGUCUUGCAUCAAAACGAUUUCGUGAUCAAGUUCUUUGCGUUAUCAAUAAAAUAAGAUGUAAUAAACAACGAAAUCAAGUAUUGCCAAUAAUGCAAGAUAUCAUUAAACCUGCUGGUCGCCCUCAAACAACUACUGUUUAA